AUGCAUGAAGAUCUUCCAUUUAUCGAUAGAAAAAUGACAAGCUGGGAGCAAGAGGAAUCAAAUAUCAUUGACGGCACAAUGGGCUUUAUUACAACGCCUGGAUUGAAUGAAGAUUCAACCGUACGGAUCUACGUUCCAGAUUUCUGUCGUUCUGUUGAUCUUAAGAGUAAAGGAAGCACUCGCAGCAGACAUCGAGAUGACCUUGAGUUGCUUGUGUUUACAAACGAAGCAAAAGAUCCAGCUACUGACUGGAGUGAACGAAAAUACUGUAACUCGGAUCUGCCUUGUCCUCCUCGAGGACUGAUGGCACUGGCGGCCUGCCUUGGAGUGAAAUCGACGUCACUUCCCAUAUACAUUUCCUCGCCCUUAUUCCUAGACGCGGAUAUACGCACUCAUUCUGGACUUCAAGGACUGCGCCAGCCGAACAGAUCGGAACAUGGGACCCACCUUUAUCUGGAGCCGACAACUGGACUCACUUUGGAGGCCUAUCAGCGGCUGCAGUUCAAUGUUUAUAUGGCGAACGUUGACGAGAGCUACGGUACAAUGGCAGGACCUUAUUACAUGCCUAUUGCCUGGAUGUCAACUCAUGUUUCAGCAGACAAAAAUACCGUGGACCGACUACAAACAACGGUUUUACAAUUGCGAAAGAAACUGCCCUUUUGGGCAUCCAUUGCUUGCGCUAUCACAGGAACCCUCACCGUCAUUUUGCUUUUAGCCAUAGCAUUGCACGUUUGGUGGAUGAGAUCCCAACCCACUGCCGUGCUAUUCAACGAGUGCAAUCCUGAGAAUGAGAACACUUUCUGCAAAUUCAAAACGUCAGUCUGUUUCCGGCGCCUGAUAUCAGUGAUCUCGGAGCAGUCGCUGGAGGAGUAUAUAAUUCCCGAAAUGGACGCUGUUAAAUAGUGAAGAUUGCUCCAACACUGACCAGGGAUCAACUUCAACAAAACUUCCUGCAAAAUAUCACGUCUUAAAUCCGCGUACUGAAUUUGUAAACCUG